CAAAAAAAGUAGUCCAAUGCUCAUUUUACUGCCAUUAACAAGAUUUCAUUCAAAAGAAAUCAACGAGCUUUUGUCUUAAUAAUUUAAUUUCUGCAAAUUUAUUGUUCUUCAGAAAUCCAAAGCUCCAUUUCGAAUCAGUCUACGCGUCAUUUCUUGAAUAAGUGAGUGGAGUGAUAAGUAGUUUGAAUGUUUGGGUGUGAAGGAUUAACAAGUAUUUUUAUCAAGAAACCUGAAGGAGGAGAUGAUAUGGAGGCUUUCUAUCCUAUUAGACCCGAAUGCCAAGCCGACGUUCCUAAGCCACGUUUUAAGCCUAGGGCUGGAAAAACUCUAAGUGCAAGAAGAUGGCAUGCUGCAUUUUCUGAAGAUGGCCAUUUGGAUAUAGCAAUAGUGCUUAGACGAAUCCAGAGAGGGGGUGUUCAUCCUGCAAUUAAAGGAUUAGUGUGGGAGUUUUUGUUAGGAUGCUAUGAUCCUAAUAGCACAUUCCAAGAAAGGAAUCAGCUUAGGCAACAGAGGAGGGAGCAGUAUUUCAGAUGGAAAGCUGAAUGUCAGAGUAUGGUUCCCAUAAUCGGUAGUGGAAAGUUUAUUACAACACCCAUCAUCACCGAUGAUGGCCAACCCAUAAUGGAUUCUUCUAUAAACAAUCAUGGUGGGCAUCUGAAUAAUGCUGUUUCAGACAAGAAAGUGAUGCAAUGGAUGUUGGGGUUACAUCAAAUUGGUUUGGAUGUUAUUCGUACAGAUCGAACAUUGGUCUUCUAUGAGAGUGAGACUAAUCAGGCAAAACUUUGGGAUGUUCUUGCAAUUUAUGCAUGGAUGGAUAAUGACAUUGGUUAUGUCCAAGGAAUGAAUGAUAUUUGUUCUCCAAUGAUAAUUCUUGUUGAAAAUGAAGCAGAUUGUUUUUGGUGUUUUGAUCGUGCAAUGCGGAAACUGAGAGAAAACUUCAGGUCCGAUGCAAAUUCAAUGGGGGUGCAGACUCAGCUGAGCACGCUCUCACAAGUAAUUAGAACUGUGGAUCCAAAGCUUCAUCAACACCUUGAGGAGCUUGAUGGCGAAUAUUUGUUUGCAUUACGCAUGUUAAUGGUGCUUUUUCGAAGAGAGUUCACCUUUGCAGAUGCACUGUACCUUUGGGAGCUGAUGUUUGCAAUGGAAUACAACCCGAACAUCUACUCCUUGUACGAGGAGCCUAGUUCCACCGCAGAUAUGAGUUUACCUAUGUUACACAGCAAGCUAUUAAAGCAGUGUGGCAAAUUCGAGAGAGACAACGUGAAAACUGGAUAUUCGGACAACAGUGCACUUGCUAUAUUCCUUGUUGCAAGUGUUCUCGAGGCCCGGAACAAGCGAAUUAUAAAGGAAGCUAAGGGUUUAGAUGAUGUCGUACAGAUAUUGGGGGAUAUUAUUGGAAAUUUGGAUGCUAGAAAAGUCUGCAAGGAUGCAUUGAAGAUCCAUAAAAAAUACCUAAGCAAGGCUAAAUUGUCAUAGAAUUAUCGGUGAAGUACGCAACAGAAUUAUCAACUGAACUUUUUCACCAUCGGCUACACGAGCUAUUGGCGGAGGACUCCAAAAUGUUAUAAAAAAGACUGUUUCUCAUAGGUAUAGUGCCCCUCCCUAAUUCUAUUCAUUUUAUUGUGUUAUAAUUCCUCACAUAGUGAAAAUGUUUACAAUGUAUAAGCUUUCAACAUGAAUGGUUCUAUAGCUAUGGAAACUAUAGCAGUUUUGUAGUGAAUAA